UUUACUAUACAUGCCAUGAGAUGCAUAAGCCUGCCAUCAUGAAUAACGGAUUCAUGGCGCCUCUCCUCCUCUUGCCAUUCCUCCUGCUACUGUCCUCACCAUCCAUGAAAGCUCAACAAAACAUCUUGUUGGGCUCCUGGUUAACACCGACACAGGGGUCUAACAGCUCAUGGCACUCGCAAUCCGGUGACUUUGCUUUUGGUUUCCGGCCAGUCGAGGGCAAUUCAUCCUUGUUUCUCCUUGCCGUUUGGUUCAACAAGAUCAGUGACCAGACGGUGGUUUGGUAUGCCAAGGCCAGUGAUCCAGAUCCAGCACCGAUACAAGUUUCAUCCAGUUCACAUCUCCAGCUCGACUCCAGCGGCGUACUCUCGCUCAAGGACUCCACCGGCAUAGAGGUUUGGAAUCCCAACGCUGUGGGUGCAGCCUACGCCACCAUGCUCAACACCGGAAACUUUGUGUUGGCUGCUGCAGAUGGGUCUACCAAGUGGGGGACUUUCAACAACCCAGCAGAUACCAUCCUGCCCACUCAGGUGCUAACCCCCGGAAUGGCGCUCCGCAGCCGGAUCAUCCCCACAGAUUACUCCAAUGGUCGAUUUCUCCUUGAUGUAGCUGAUGAUGGUGUUUUCUUUCAUUCAGUUGCUGUGCCAUCCGGUUACCAAUAUAACCCCUAUUGGGUCAUGCCUGGGAACAAAACCACAAAGCUAGUGUUCAAUGAGACUGGAGUGAUAUACAUGACCUUGGAUGGCAACAUAGAAAUCAAUAUUACAUCUGGACCAGAUAUAACUGGCCCCAUGGAGGACUACUACCACCGUGCCACACUUGACACAGAUGGAGUAUUCCGGCAAUAUGUCUACCCGAUAAACAGAGGCGAGUGGUCUCUGGUGACGGCAUGGACAGUUGUUGGUUUCAGUCCACCAAACAUUUGUGAAACGCUGACAGAAGUCGGCAGCGGCAUCUGCGGGUUUAACAGUUAUUGUCAGUUCGAUAGUGCGAGCAGCAACUUGUCCUGCUUGUGCCCACCGCAGUACUCAUUUUUAGAUGAGGAGAGGAAGUACAAAGGAUGCAAACCAGACUUCCAGACACAAGGCUGUGAGUUGGAUGAAGCAUCCGCCAUGGCGCAGUUUCAGCUGACAUGGCAAGACAAUGUGGAUUGGCCUCUAGCUGACUACGAGAUAUACACCCCUGUAACUGAGAAUCAGUGCCGGCGACUCUGCCUAAUAGACUGCUUCUGUACUGUCGCAGUGUUCCAUGACAGUGAUAAUACAUGUUGGAAGAAGAAAACACCAUUGUCGAAUGGAAAAAUGAUGCACAGCGUGCAGAGGACGCUUCUUCUAAAGUUGCCAAAGAACAACAUUUCACAGACUGAGCUUAUUAAUGUGUCUGGCAAAUGGAAGAAAGACAAGAUGCACUGGAUCCUUGGAGGUUCAAUGCUUUUAGGAAGCUCAGUCUUGGUGAACCUUCUCCUGACUUUGGUUCUCCUUUUCGGUACCUACCGUGUUAUCACCAUUAUCAAGAUAGCCCAGCCCUUGCAAUCAUCAAGUAACCUAGGAUUACCUUUGAAAGCCUUCAGUUACACCGAGCUUGACAAGGCAACAGGUGGAUUCACAGAGGUGCUUGGCACUGGUGCCUCUGGUAUUGUGUACAAGGGCCACCUAGAAGAUAACCUCAGAACCUGCAUUGCUGUGAAGAAAAUUGACAAGCUCCAGAAGGAGACAGAAAAGGAGUUCACUAUGGAAGUUCAGGCCAUUGGACAGACAUACCAUAAGAAUUUGGUCCGCUUGCUAGGAUUCUGCAGUGAAGGAAGUGAGAGACUAUUGGUGUAUGAAUUCAUGGCCAAUGGAUCACUCAGCGGAUUACUGUUUGGUGAUGUCAGGCCUCAAUGGAACCUUCGAGUUCAGCUUGCUCUGGGUGUAGCAAGGGGACUGCUAUACUUACACGAGGAAUGCAGCACACAGAUCAUCCAUUGUGACAUAAAGCCCCAGAACAUUCUUCUUGAUGACAAGUUGACAGCAAAGAUCUCAGACUUCGGCUUAGCCAAACUGCUGCAAACCAACCAGACACAAACAAAUACUGGUAUACGGGGUACCCGAGGAUAUGUUGCACCUGAGUGGUUCAAGAGCAUUGGUAUCACUGCCAAGGUCGAUGUCUACAGCUAUGGGGUCAUCCUGUUGGAGCUCAUCAGUCGUCGGCGUAAUGUUGAGUUGGAGGCAGCAGAGGAUAAAAAAAUACUGACUUACUGGGCAAGUGAUUGUUAUAGGUGUGGCAGAGUUGAUCUUCUGGUGGAGGCUGAUGCUGAAGCAAUUUCUAAUCUGAAGGUGGUGGAAAGGUUUGUAGCAGUGGCACUGUGGUGUCUCCAGGAAGACCCAACUAUCAGACCUACAAUGCUGAAAGUGACACAAAUGCUUGAUGGAGCAGAAGCAAUCCCAUCUCCUCUUGAUCCAUCUUCCUUUUUCAGCUCAGUUUGAUUGCAGAAUGCUGAAGCAAUAUAGCGGAGUAGAAAGUUACUGGAGGAACGGCUUAUAUACUAGUUAGAUAUAGCUAUCUCCUGAAGGAAUAGCUUAUACUUCAUGUUACGAAUGCUGCUACUGUUUUUCUUCUUUAUGUAAUGUGAACAGCACCGAUAGUGCUGUAGUCGGUAUCCUGUAAGAAUUGGAAGGAGAAAAAUAUUAGGAAAGACUCCUCUUCCAAACAGAAUACCUACUUCCUAAAUAAAAUAUUUUUCUA